AUCAAAAUCUUCCUCGUUGAUUUAAAGUCAUCCUUAUUAUUGUAGCAUGUAAAUAUGGAGAAACCUCAAAUUCCCGUUUUAGUUUUUCUUACUUUGUGGAACUGUGAAGAGUUGAACACGCAAAAUGUAACUUUUUACAACAUAAACAAAUCAUGGAAAGAUGCUGUUAAUUUCUGUUCACGUAAUGGUGGAGUACUAGAAAGUAACAUCACCUUAUUGAAGGAGGAAAUUACUGACCUAACAAAAGAUGGCAAAAACAAUAUCGACGACGUGUGGUUCGGGAAAUAUAGAUUAUUAACGAAUUGGACAUAUAUUCGAGGAUGUUUUUUACUUAACGGAGUCUUCGAACACUUUGUAAUUGAACAUUCCAAUGCUGCGGAGCUACAAUGCCAACUGGUAUGCGAUAAAUACACAUUUUAUAGUCUCAAGGGAACAGAUUGUUAUUGUAUUGGAGAUAUAGAUUCAUUCGUUAGACGAAAGAACUGUAAUUGUGUCGGCUGCUACAAAGUUUGGGAACAUCUACUUCCCGACUACGGUACUGCUGACGCUGACAAAAACAACAAAUGUAUCGCUGCAAGUGAAUGUCUUGCUGAAAACCAUCUCAAACGUAGUUAUGAAAAAUGCAAUAAAAACUAUGAUGUUACCUGUGAUAAUGAUGCGGAACUUAACUAUACAUAUCCAAAAUACAAAGAUGCAGCUGAUGAAUGUGAAAGACAAGGCUCUUUUAUAAAGUGGCAUUCGGACAAUUUAUGUGUUACAAAUAGAAAUUCAAUUCAUCAAUAUUGGACAAGUGGAACAAGAAAAAUGAAAACUUUUCUUCUUAGAAAAGCAUACUCCACAGAACACUUACAACUUCAAACAUGUUUUAAAUUGGACAAUGACCACGAACAGAAAAAGGUGGAUAACUGCAAUUACAAAUUUUCGUUUUUCUGUAGAUUCGAGACAGAUGAGGAUAAAGGGGAUAUAAUUUCGAUUCCGAACCAUUCGAUGCCGCAACAGAAAAACGUUCAGUCUGACGAUUCGGGAAGCAUAGCAGCUGGAACUGUAACAUCCAUUAUUGUUGUUAUUGUGGUAAUUUCAGUUCUCGUAUUCAUUCAUCGACGAAGGCUGUCUAAAAAGAAACCGACCCUUCACGAUUCACAAAAUAAUAGUCGUCUGCAAGACACAGUGGGGUUGCCUAGUAACUACGAAACCUCUAAGGCUCCAGUAUACCAUGAAAUAGACGCUGAAAACUUUGGUCCACACAGUGGAAAGUUGAAUUGUUCUCGUGCAGUUAAUAACAUCACAUACGACCAGGUAAAUUCUAACAAGAUUCCGAAGUCGCAAAAUGUGAACCAAAGCACAAACUGUUCUAUUUUAACAAAUUUGAACUCCCUCGAGCUUCAAAAAAAAGUUGGUCAAGAAGAAUAUGAUAUGGCGAAGGUAAUGAAUGUAACCGGGGAUUCUUCUGAAGUUGCAAUGUCCAGUGACUAUUGUUUGGCAAAACCUAUUUCAAGUAACACAGAAGAAGAAUCAGAUCCGUAUGAAAUAAACAAAGACUAUGAUCAUCUAAAUAACGUAAAGAAGAAAGAAGAUCCGAUCACAAAAGUAUACGACCAUCUUCCAACAACAGUUACUGAUGACCCUACUUACGAUCACUCUCAUCUUAACAGUGCUUCAGACAAUGGGGACUAUUAUGAUCAUUUUAAGAAUGACGGAGAUUAUGAUUGAUACAAAUUUGUUGCAUACAAGUGUUAACCGAAACUAUCAAAGUUUUGAAAUUAUAAAAAAAAUACUGUACUAAUUCUUGCCUACUAAUUUUGAAAUUUGUAAAUAUAUUCUCAUAAUGUU